AUGGUGCCACCAAAGGACGGCAAUGCUACGCAUGUCGAGAACCCUGAGCACGAGGCCUUGCUGACGGGUGCCAUUGCUUUGGCCAGUCUGUUCAGCAGCUGUGUGGAAGCUUUUGGCUUGAUCCAUCCAUCGCAGAAAUGGGACAAGCAGGAACAACUCCUCCUCACGCGGCUGGGGCUCCAGCAAGCACGACUCUUGAUAUGGGGCUCCGUCCUGGGCAUCUCCUCCCCACCACCGACUGUAACAAACCGUGCGGUGCCCAAACAUCCCUCCUCGGCGUAUCCAGACCUCAGCGAGCCGACAUUCUUCGAUGCGAGAGAUCCCAGAUUGGACGAGCCGCAGUUCCGAACGGCGAUUGAAGAGACGCUGAGCUCAAUCGUAGAUCGCGCCUCACAUCUGACAAGAGAAGAGAUGAUGGCGAAAUACGGCCUCAAACCGCCCAAGCGCUUCACCAUGGUCUUCGAGCCCGCCCUCGACACCAACCGCCUCGAAUUCUUCCGCGAGCGCUACGAGCUCCUCCGCGAAGUCGCCGAGUCCUACGCCCACAUCAACACCCGCCGCACCAACUCCAUCGUGCAGACCUCCUGGUCCAUCGCCGACGUCACCAAGUUCGGCGCCUGGAUCCAGAUCACCCAGGACAAGAUCGACUACCUCAUUUCGCUGCUCGACGUCAAAGAGAAGGUCGACAGGGGCAUGCGCAUGGAUAUCCGCAUGUUUGGCUGGCACAUCGCGCCGGAUCGCGCGCGCACGGCGCAGGAUGUGUCGAAACUGAGGCUGUUGCAGGAGGUGUGCAGGGUGGAUUACCCGGAGUAUGUCGUCGCGACGCAGCAGGCGUUGGAUAACAUCAGUCGGGAGUCGAGGGAGAACAACCUCUCCAUGGCGCCCACAGCGCAGCAGCAGGCGCUGUUCGGGCCGCCGCAACAGAGCAAUGGCGGUGCUGCAGCGCAAGGCCACGCGGAUAAAAAACGACCCGGUCUCUUCAAGAUCUUCCGCUCGUUCGGCAAAUCCAAACACCACCCCCCUUCGCGCGCAAAAGAAGACCCAGGCCCUCUACGCUCGCAAUCCGAAUCCGGACCCACCGCCGACCCAGACGAGGACGAGUCCCUCCAGCGCGUGCGCAGCAAAUCCGUCGGCGGGUACGUCAACACGGGCGGCAUCGAUGAGGAUAUCGCUACAAGGCUGGAGAAGUUCAGUACCCAUGAGCAGGUCAUGGAGAUGCCGAGGGUUGAUACAAGUGGAGGAGGGCAGAAGGAGGGGGAGAGGUUGGAUAGUCCGCUGGUGUUGGAGGAGCCGAAGCCGUUGCCGCUGGGUGUUGUGCAGAGACAUGAUCAGUAUCGCGGGAUUGCGAGGGUGGAGACGAGGGAUUUGAGGCAGCCGGGGGCGGAUUUUGGGAGUGGGUGA